CCGUCCUGCCGGAGAAAAUUGCAUAAAGGUUUUAAAAGAUAUUUCUCAAUUGCAAAUCAUCAUCAGCUCGAGAGAUUUCUUCACUUUCAGAUUUUAAUUUCGCGAAAUUCUUUGAUUUUCUUGUGCCAAUCGUUGUUCAAGUAACCAGAGAAGAUGCAAGGAGGUGGUAGAGAUCCUUUCAACUUUGGUGGCCCUUUUGGAGGCUCUUUUCGUGGUGGUUUUGGUGGUUCUUUUGGUGGCCCUUUAGGUGGCCCUAGUAAUGGUCCUCAGAAUCUGAUGGCCAAUUUUUUCGGAGGAAGAGAUCCGUUCGAUGACCCUUUUUUCACGCAGCCUUUUGGUGGUGGAAUGUUUCAGUCUAGCUUAUUCGGUCCCAACAUGGAUCCUUUUGCAGGAAUGCGUCCUCCAUCGGGUUUUAUCGAGAAUCAUCAGCCACCACAACCGAGAAUAUCACGUGGACCUAUCAUUGAAGAGAUUGAUUCAGAUGAUGAGAAAGAAGGAGAUGGUGAUAAAGAGAAGAAAGGAAGUCUAGGGAAACAUGGCAGGUCAAGCAGUGAGGCGGAAGCUGAAGAUGCUAGAGAAGAAGAGAGAAGGAACAGACAAAUGCAAAACAUGAAUGUGAAUGCUAUGGUAAACAAUGGACAAUGGCAACCACAAACUCGUAGUUUUAGUUUCCAGAGCUCGAGUGUUACAUACGGUGGUCAUAACGGAAACUACUAUACUUCAUCGAAGACAAGAAGGACAGGAAGUGAUGGGGUAACUCUUGAAGAAAGCAAAGAAGCCAAUACUGCAACACGAGAAGCAGCGCACAGGAUUUCAAGAGGCCUUCGUAACAAGGGCCACACGGUUGCACGUAAACUUAACUCAGAUGGUCGGGUUGACACAACGCAGACCUUGCACAAUUUAAACGAAAAUGAUUUGGCUGAUUUUGAACAGUCUUGGAGUGGAAAUGCUAGAAUGCAAUUACCCGGUCGGUCUGGUUCCUUUGGCAGUGGUCUUGUUAACAGAGAGCAGCCAAUGUUGCUUCCCUCGAGUGAUCCAAGUCCUUCUCGUGCACGAGAAGAGUCAUCCAGAAGAACAAAGGCUGCAAUGAAUGUAAGAGGAAAUGGCAGAAACUAAUCUCGGACUACAUGUACAAGUUCUUGAAGGCUUUAGUUGUAACCAAAGAGUAUUAUUAUUUACUUAGUUGCAUCGUUACUGUAACUGUAUGAUGACAGGAUUUGAGGGUUUUAUGAUAAUGUUAUAUGCAUGUUUGUGCUA